AAAUCAUCGUUUGUUACAGACUUGCUGGCAGCACAAAACAACCUGCUCAGGAAUCCCUCUCACGAACUGAGAGCAGCAUGCUUUUUACCUUUGAAGUUGGCUUUGGAAAGCAAGAGAAGCAAGCUUGUUUCACUGUCUCUAACCGGAUUGAAUACGACUCCCUGUGGCUGCCCGCCCAACUCCUGUUCGCCACUUCGUCCACGCCUGCGCAAUGCGAGGACACGCAAGUCCACGUGCUGCGCGUCGUGCUCAGUCUCGCGUGCUCAGCUGGAUGGGCGCUCAACGGACGGCUCGUCAUGCUGAUGCUGGGCAGGUGCGCAGAAGCGUACGACGCAGGCACGCAGCCGGUGAGAGCGGCUGCGCAAGCUGCGGCCAGUCAGACUCUCACGGCGUUCUGCACGUUUUUGGGUGAGUAUUCAGUCAGGGCCUACUCUAUCUCACCGGGCCGCGUAUAUCCUAAAUCCAAUGUUGUACAGCGCAAGUAA